UAUAGCUGAAAUACAAAAAGAUGUAGAAUACAGAUUGCCAUUCACAGUAAACAACUUAACAAUUAACAUAAAUAUAUUACUUCCUCCACAAUUUCCUCAGGAAAAACCAGUGAUUAGUGUUUAUCCACCAAUAAGACAUCACUUAAUGGAUAACCAAGGAUUAUAUGUUACCUCGCCAUUAGUAAGCAAUUUUACAAUGCACUCAGAUCUUGGAAAAAUUGUUCAAAGUCUUUUGGAUGAGUUCUGGAAGAAUCCUCCAGUUUUAGCUCCUACUUCAACAGCAUUUCCAUAUCUGUAUAGCAAUCCAGGUGGGAUGCCUCCUUACCCUUCUCAAGGUUUUCCGUUUCUUCCUUCAUAUCCUCCACAAGAAGCUAACAGGAAUAUCACAUCUUUGUCUGUAGCUGACACUGUUUCUUCUUCAACCACAAGUUACACCACAGCCAAGCCAGUGGCUCCUUCAUUUGGCAUCCUUUCAAGUCUGCCUUUACCUGUUCCCACAACAGAAUCUUCAGCACCGAUUAACCAAAAUGGUUUUGGCUAUAAGAUGCCGGAUAUCCCUGAUGCAUUUCCAGAACUUUCAGAACUAAGUGUGUCACAGCUCACAGACAUGAAUGAGCAGGAAGAGGUGUUACUAGAACAGUUCCUGAUGUUGCCUCAACUGAAGCAAAUUAUUACUGACAAGGAGGACCUAGUAAAAAGUAUUGAGGAAUUAGCAAGAAAAAAUCUCCUUUUGGAGCACAGCUUGGAAACCAAAAGGCAAACCGUUUUAGAUAAGUAUGAAUUACUUAUACAAAUGAAGUCUACCUUUGAAAAGAAGAUGCAAAGACAACAUGAACUCAGUGAGAGUUGUAGUGCAAGUGCCCUACAGGCAAGAUUGAAAGUAGCUGCACAUGAAGCUGAGGAAGAGUCUGAUAAUAUUGCCGAGGAUUUCUUGGAGGGAAAAACUGAAAUAGAUGAUUUUCUCAGUAGCUUCAAGGAAAAGAGAACAAUUUGCCACUGUAGAAGAGCUAAAGAAGAGAAGCUUCACCAGGUGAUUGCAAUGCACAGCCAAUUUCAUGCUCCUCUAUAGGAAGUUUCCGAACUGACAGGAGUAAACAUGAUGCUGUAUGUGAAUCAAAAACCUCUCGUUGAAUUCAAAGGCGCAAGGGAACUGCUCCAUUAACUGCCAGACACACUCAAUGAACUGGUCGAUUACUGGAGAGAUUUCUUUCGGGUCACCAUCUAAAUUCCCAUAUCUGUAAAACAAAGUAUUCCAGACUUUAUAACAGAAGAGGUGUUUUUUUUUUUUUUAAUUAGAAAUCUACAAAUGCAAAGAUAAUCUUAAAGCAACCUUAAUACCUAAGCAAAUCUUAUAAAAUCUGCACUUCUGGCUACAACUACACCUCUCUGGAGCCCACUUCUGGGUGUGAACAGGAUCCUGAAGCACCUUUCAGCCUUUCCCCCUAGGCAUUUCGAUUCUUCUCUGCCACACACAGACUACCAAGAAACCCAAAGCCAUCCAGAGAAACCCAAAGCCAUCCAGAGAAGACAGCAGAAACCAAGGAACAAAACACCCACUCAACAAACACAGAGAUGAGCACCUAGAAUUACAAUCAUUCUGAAUCCAGAUGCCUAGACACCAGCAUAAAAGCACACUUAAUAGCUAGGACAAUGUGUCUCCUCUAGAGCCCAACAACUCUACCACAGUAGGCACUGAGCAUUCCAACAUAACUGAAGCACAAGAAAAAAUACUUUAAAAUACCUUUGUGAAUAUAAUAGAGGUCUUUAAAGAAGUGAAUAAAUCCCUAAGAGAAAUCUGUGAAAAUACAAACAGUGGAAGGAAAUGAACAAAACAGCUGAAGUCCUGAAGUGGAAAUAGAAUCAAUAAAGAAAACCCAAAUUGUGCUCUCUCCAGCAACACAUUAAAAUAAAUAAAUAAAUAAAUAAAUAAAUAAAUAAAUAAAUAAAUAAAUAAAUAUCCAAACUAAGGGAAAUCUGGAAAUGAAAAUUUUAGGAACUUAGCAACCUCAGAGGCCUCACCAAGAGAAAACAAGAGAUGUAAAAACUUAGGCAUUUAAGACAAGAUAAAAGAAAUGGAUACCUUGGUCAAAGGAAAUGUUAAAUGUAGAUAAAAUCCUCACACAAAAUCUGGAAUACUAUGAAAAGGCCAAAUAUAUGAAUAACAGGAACAGAGGAAGAAACCCUUCUCAAAGAUACAGAAAAUAUUUUCAACAAAAUCAGAAGAAAAUUCCCUAAUCUACAAAAGAAGGUGCCUAACAAUGUAUUAGGAGCAUACAGAACAUAAAAUAGCAUGGACCAAAAAAGUACAUUCCUCGUGACACAUGGAACACUAAAUAUAUAGAACAAAGAAUAUUUAAAGCUACAAGGGAAAAAGACAUACAAAGGCAGAUCUAUUAGAAAAACACCUGACUUCUCAAUGGAGAUUUUAAAGCCAGAAAGGCCUGAACAGACGUUCUACAAACCCUAAGAGACCAUAGAUGCCAGCCCAACUAUAUCCAGCAAAAUUUCCAAUCAGGCGGAAAAAGAAAAAGACAUUCUAAGAUACUAAUCAAACUUAAGGAGUACCCGCCUAUAAACUCAGUCAUACAGAAGAGGCACUAGAGAGAAAACUUCCAUAUAAAGAAGAAAACCAUACCCAAGAAAAUACAAUAAGUAAUGCCAGACAGCAAAUCAAUACAUCACACCGAAAUAAGCAGAAGCAACAAACACUGCUCAUUGACAUCUCUCAACAUCAGUGGUCUCAAUUCCCCAAUAGAAAAAAUAUAGACUAACACAAUGAAUGGAAAAACAGGAUCCAUCCAAAAAAUAGCUUAACACCAAGCUGUUUAUCUUGAAUAGACAUCACUUCUGGGUAAAAGGAUGGGAAAAAUAUAUCCCAAGCAAACGGACCUAAGGAGCAAGCAGAUGGGGCCAUUUUAAUCCCUUACAAAAUAGAUUGGUGCCUAUAGAACUUUAACCCCUACAUCCUAGCGAAUUUAGUACAGGAAGGUACUCUGUAUGCUACCAAAGGAGAAGCAUAAAAACCAACCCAGCUACAAACUCUUUGAUCUACAAUGGUGUCCUACCUUUUGAGAUGUUAGUGCCAUGGUGGCACAAAACUUACAGCAGUAACCAACCAAUAUCUGAUUUAAUUUAAGGCCCACUCCAUGAGAUGGAACCCAUACCCAACACUGCUUGGGUGACCAAAGAACCUGAGACUAGAGAGCCCAGGGACCUAGAGUAAAACCAAAUACUACUACUCUACUGAAAUAGCUUAUCAAUAAAAUGGUGCCUGAUGACAUUCUGCUACACUCAGAUCUGUUCAGCCAUCAUCAGAGAAGCUCGCUUGCAGCAGAGAUAGCAACAAAUGUGAAGACCCACAGCCAGACAAUAUGCAGAACGCUCAGCCCUAAAUGGAAUGUCUCCCUGCAAAGGGGGAAGUAGAAAGAGUGUAAGAGCCAUAGGGGAGGGAGGACACCAAGGAAACAAGGCCCUCUAAAUCAACAUGGGGCAUACAUAAAUGGCAGCCUGCACCAGGUGUGGCCUUAGAGCUAAAAGGAAAAGCACACACAUGCCCCCGUCCCUAACCCAGAUGCUAUGUUCAAUUGAUAGCCACUUUUCAAAGGAAAAUUUCGUUUCAUCCAAGGAGUCUCAUUGGGGAAACAAACUACUCUUAAGGGUAGCCUGAUGCCCAACAGUAGACUGUCAACAAAGAACAGGCUCAAUUGCUCUUUGGAGGUCCCUUAUCUCUCAAUGUCAUGUCAGGGCCUUUUCAUUUAUUUUCUUGCUUAAAAAUUUUAUCUUUAAUUUUUUUAUUUUAUCCUAAAAGUCCUUUGUAUAUAUAUUAUGGCUUCUGGUUUUGUGAGGUUUUUUUUGGGGGGGGGGGAAGCAAACAAGUGGGUCUCUGUGUCUCUGUUUCCUGUACCUCCUUCUUACAUCCUUUUCCUUUCAUUUAUUUUGUCCUAUUCCGAUGUGAUUUUGUUUAGUUUCACAUUUUAUGAUUAUCCCUUAGAUGGCUAUUUGUUUCCUAAGAUACAGAAGCAGUGGAACCAGAUGAAAGGGGGUGUGAGGAGGAACUGGGAGAAGUAGAGGAAAGAGAACUGUUAUCAGGAUAUACUACAUAUUGAAAGAAUCUAUUUUCAAUAAAAGAAAGCAAUAAUCUAUUGCUUACCUAUGAUUAAAUUUAUGUCCAAAGGCAAUCCAGUCCUUUUCAAUUAAUACCUACACAAAAAAAGAAUAUAAAUAUCCUAGAAGCUUCUGAGGGAAAUGUAAGAGACCCACACUAAUAAUAAAGGACUCAGUUACUGGGAGCAGAAGAAACCCCCAACUGACAGAAUAUGCUGUCAGACAGGAGAGAGGGCUAAUUAGUUUAAGAGCACUUGAUACUCUUCAGAGAACCCAGUCUCAGGCCCCAGCACCCAUAUGGCUACUCACAACUGUCGGUACCUCCAGGUACACACAUACAUACCUGCAGACAAACCUCUUAUAUUAAACAAACAAUCUUAAAGAACCACAUUAUCCAUAAUGUACUGAAAAGGAAGAUAGUUGAAGGCCUUCUACAUGAAAGUUAAACUAAAAUAUAUGUGUGAGACUGCUGUAACUACCCAGAGUCCUAUAUAUGCUGGGUACUGUGCUUAUGGCUUUAUAUGUCAUUGUGUUUGUCUGACAACUAUUAUUACCCAUCAUUUUAGAGAAAAGGAAGGUAAAGUAAAGACAUGAAAUAUUCUCCAGAGAUCAUGGGCUUAGGUCUCUAUUUCUAACCUCUUCAGUUAACCAACAUGUAAUGUCCUUUCCCUACAAUGUAAAAUUCCCUGGCAACAACAAAAGGGAUGCUUUCUUGUGUCCUUAAUUAAAGGAUUCUUAAGUCAUGGUUAAGGACUAUGUUUGAAAUUUCAGCACUACUUUGAAAUUAGGGCUACCAUGAGUUUACUGUCUCAAAUAGUAUAGAUUUUUUUAAAAAAGUAAAAAACAAAAAAAUGUUUAAUCGUGGGCUGGAGUGGGUAUACAGCUCUUGCAGAAGAUCUGAGUUCAAGCCCAAUCCUCACUUGAAAUAACUUAUAAUCAUUUGUGCUUCUAGCCUCAGGGGGUACACACACACACACACACACACACACACACACACACACACACACACACACACACACACCUUUUUAAAAAACUGCGUAAACAAAAUAAUAUGGAAUAAUCUGUAGAAAUACAUGAACGGGCUGAAGUCUGCCCUUGACAACUCUAAAUGCAUUUAAUGGCUUAAUAGGUAAACAGUUCUACAAUUUGUACCUUGGAAACCCUACACUCUCCAGCUAAACAAAGGAAUCUAGCUUGCUCAGGAAAACACUGAGGCAGAAGUGUAUCUCAAAUGUCUGAAGUCGUAUAUUCUCAACAUACAAGUAGCCUGCCUCUUCUACCUUGUCCCCAUGGUUACAGCUAGUGUAACUUACUAACAAAGGUCCAGUGAUACAGACGAUUUUGUAGAGCCCCUGUCAGCCUCUAUCCUGAGCAGCCUCAAGAGCCACCAAGGAGCUCUAUCAAAUUGUGUUUCAAGAGGCAGGUACUAGGUCAACCAAUCACCGGGAAAGACCCUACAGUUAUUUGAAGGAAUUCUAUCAGCUCAACCAUAACCUCACAUCCCAGGCAACUGCAGCUGGAGUCAAAGCCAAAUUGUGAUGCACACCCAAAAGGUUCCAGUUCUCAAAGAUGCGUUCCUGAUUCCAGCAAAAAUGGAGAACACAGUGAAAUUCAAUAUGUCCACCAGUGCUAUCAAGAACCAUUGAAAAAAUAGACUUAGGAAUGAAGGCUGCUUUUUUUUUUUCUCCCAAACGCUGUUUGUAUAUGGAAAAAUACAAUGCAAUUUUUUCCCAAA